AUUUAGAAAAGUAGUACAGGAGUAGAAUUGUUGCAUAUAUAUGGGAUUGGGUCGAGUACUCGGCAGAAAUUGGAUUUGCUUGUAAGUAUCAACAACUUAAUUUACACUACAAGGUUAAUUUGGGCUCUCCACUAGUAUUAAAACAAUUCUUCCAAGCUAGCUUUCUUACCAUUUUAAUCUUAUAAGAAUCCUCCGUUUCUUCAACUAGUCCUUCCCAAAGGUACUGUUCUUCUGCCACAGUAAACACAGUUGCAUAUAUUUCCGCCACAUUACGCGCAUAGGCACACACUAACAAAUUUCUAACCUCAAUCGCAGGUUGGAAAUUAUCAAUUACAAGGAAUAUGGGAUUACGCUCAAGAAUUAAGAAAAUGAUAGCAUGCAAUGGAGAAACUCAAAUGGAAACUCAAGAAGAUUCAGUAGAACUAGACCUCCGAGAAGAGUAUGCUAAUGCAUUUCGGACUGAAUCAUACAUCGACUUCUGGACAUGUGUUAUCUCGCUGAAAGAUGGCGGAGCUUCUGCAAAAUCUAAACCAAUCAACUCAACCACAGCUGCUCGGCUGCCAUCUUACCGCCUGUUUGCAGAACAUCUCCUAAACCCCGAUCAGCCCACCGUUAUCCAAAUCCUCAACCUGGCCCCUAUUAAACCUAAAAAUCAUUCACUUCUGCUAGACUACUUCUUAGAAACUUCAAAUGCUUCUAUCUUAUGUGGAAUUCUGUUAAAAGACAUUGGUCAUGUUCGUACAAGAUAUAGCUCUCUGAAACUCAUUCUGAAAUCUCUCGAAACGCCUUCUCAGAUGACUCACUUGCCUCUAAUUCUGACUCAGUUAAAUGACUUUUGUCAGACCUCAAAUCCGUUUAUUAAAUCACCUUCUUCUCCUCAUAACAUACAAACCCUGCAAACUAGUUGCUUCAAUCUGCUUAAAAGACUCGAGGUUAACAGAGACAAAACUCGAUCUAAACUCCGUACACUCAGCAAAAUAAAACUAGGCUCAGCUAUCAUUUUAAUAACAAUAACAGCCUCACUAACAAUUAUCAUAGUUGCUCACGCACUAGUAGCGUUAAUGGCUGCGCCAACUAUUGUGUUGACCACAGCUUCAACUAAACAGCUGGCUAAAUGGUCAGCUCAGGUUGAUGUGGCAGCUAAAGGAACUUAUAUAUUAAGCAGGGAUCUGGACACAAUAAGUCGGCUUGUGGCUCGACUGGGCGAUGAGUUGGAGCAUAUGCGAAAGAUGGUGAGGUUCUGGCUAAAGAGAGGAGAAGAUCAGCUUCAAGCUAGCGGAGAGGUGGCACGCCAGCUCAAAAAGAAUGACCUCAGCUUUUGCUCACAGCUUGAUGAACUAGAGGAACAUCUGUACCUAUGUUUCAUGACUGUUAAUAGAGCUAGAAAUCUCGUCAUUAGAGAGAUAAAUGAUCCAGAUACAACCAGCUGACAAUUAGUUACAACUCUUUUAGUGAAAAAUCUUGGAAUCAUUAACAAUACUGGUAUUUAUAUAUAAUUAUAUACUAUUAGUUGCAAACACAAAACUUAAUGUCAUAUAUGUUAUGUUAUUUAUUCCAUAUCACUAUCCUUAUUUUAAAAGCACCAGAAAAAUUAAUCAGAGGCUAACGUUGUUGUUGUAUUUGGUUGGGGUGAAUGAAUAUGGAAGAAAUGGAAUGAAAUUUGCACUAUAUUAUGGGCAAAUGUUUAUAAAUUUCAUUCCUUCCUUCAUUUCAUUUCUUACACCCUAUGCUAGAG